AACACGGACACCGCUGAACGUUCCGCCUGGUGAUCUGUCAGUGCGACACACGUAACGUAAGCUAAGGAAUACGAUAAGGAAGCAUUAAACCGGCAACCUUCCACGGCGAUGUGAACGACGGUGCGUUGGCCUUGAACCACCUCCUGAGUGACGUGUCCCCAUCCAAAGACAUGGCAGAGCAAGACACAGAUCACCACCACAAAGCAGAAGGCAAGGAAGAAGAAACACAGCCCGCAAACAUGGAUCAUGUCUCACCAUUUGAUGAGAGCAAACAGAAGGAGACUGAUAUUGCUCUGAAUCUAAAGCAGCAGCUCUCAGAUGAUUCAGCUGCAUCAUCUGCACCCAUGGGCAGUGAGACAAACGACAGUGGUAAAGACAUGGAGCAGCAUGAUGUUAAAAAAGAAUCCUCACCUUCAGAUGAGGACAUGAUGCUGAACAUUAAGGAGAAAAGCACCCUGCCUCAGGCUGAUGAAGAAAGUCAUGGUGAUUACAACACAGAGAAACGAAGAAAUGAGCAACUCAACAUGACAGCUGAGGAGAUUUCCAAAGACUCUUCAGCUCCAGAUGUGAACACAGUGCUGAAUGUGAAGGAGAACAGCCCCGCACUUCAGGCUGAUGAAGAAAGUCAUGGUGAUUAUAGCACAGAGAAACCAAGAAAUGAGCAACCGACCGUGACAGCUGAGAUUUCUGAAGAACCUUCAGCUCCAGAUGAGGACACAAAGCUGAAUAUGAAGGAGAACAGCACCCCACUCCAGGCUGAUGAAAGAAGUCAUGGUGAUUACAGCACAGGGAAACCAAGAAAUGAGCAACCGAACAUGGCAGCUGAAAAGAUUUCCAGAGGGCAUCACAGUGGGGAGGAGAAAGAACCAGAAACAACCAGCUCACCAACCCUGGGUGACAGAAGUGACCGAGUAGAUGGACCUGAUAAAGAAAUCCCAGACACUGACAACACAAAUGCUGAGGCUGGAGAGAAAGAUGGAAGCUGUCCAGAGGAGGUUGUAGCUCCUGAGGAAGAAGAGGAGAAAACGUCCUUCCCACAGGCACAGACACGUGUUGAAACAAUUGGUCCUACCAUUCAGGAGGCCGCUGAUGCCGAACCUGCAGUUCCAGUGGUUCAGAGAGCUCUUGGAGGAAAUGGUAUGUACCUGCUAGCAGGUGUACUGGUAUUAGUUGCCAUCCUGAUGUCACCUCUCCUCCACCCCGAGUCUCCACCUCAGAAGGACGACGUGCGGCAAAUAGACAUCUUCCUCAGGCAGCUGGAAAAAGUUAAGACUCAGUUUCCUAACCAGCGUGCUGAGCUCUGGAACAGGAGCAAGAUCCACCUGCUGAGGCACCUCCAGACAGCCCAGCCCACAGAGCCAGUCAGUCUGAUCCUGACUGCAGGCCACAGAGCCGAGAAGACACUGCACUGCCUGGCUCAGAGCCUGGCCUCCGCCUUCUCUUCUGCCCUCAACGCCUCCGUCCUCCACAUCGAUGGUGCCAGCAAAGCCAGCCAGGACAGCGACCAGGUCAAACUGGACAUCGACAGCAAGUUGCAGGGAGCUUUCGAAGGAGACAAACCUGUGGCUGUCAUUAACCGCUUCGAGGAGCUGCCUCCGGGCUCCACCCUUAUUUUUUACCGCUACUGUGACCAUGAGAAUGCUGCCUACAAGAAAACUUGUCUGAUCUUCACAGUACUGCUGGGGGAGGAGGAGGAGAUUCCUGCCGAGACUCGUUUGAGUACUGUGGAGGAAAUGGUGGACGACCAUCUUCAGAAGAAGUUCCUCUCUGAUGAAUAUCCAGUAUCUUUUGACAAGAUGGACAUUGACAAGUACGGUGGACUGUGGAGUCGUAUUUCUCACCUCAUCCUGCCCGUGGCAGCAGACGGAAGGAUAGAACAUGAAGGGUGCUCGGGGACAUAAAUAAUUACUGUUGAACUUUUAGCUUAAGCACUAAACUACUGGCUGUCUAUCAGAUUUUUUAUUUGGUGACUUAAGUCAUUCUGGGGCUUGUAGCAGUGGUUUUUAAAGACCCAAAGGUUUCUUACAUACACUGUAAUGAAGCUCUCUGCAGAUGAAGGUAUCAUGUAGAAAUUAGACUUUUAAAGGAACACUUCACCCCUCAUAAGACCAUUUGUACAUCAGAUUCUCUCCUCAAGUUACACUGAAUUUGUGAAGAAAACUUUGCUUUUCUUGCAUGCCUUAUUAGGGAACAGAAUCUAAAACUGGAGAAAAUUCUAGGGCCACAUUAAACAACAGUAAAACUAUAUUAAAACAUCAAUUUGCAAACUCUCACACAACUUGUGCAGUAUAAUCCAAGUCUCAUUCAUCGAGUCAUGUGCUCACUGCUUCCUUAACACAUUCAUUUUCGCUAAAAUCUUACUAUUUAAAACUGAAGUCAAACUUAUCUGUGCUCUCGUCAAAGCCAGACUCCAAAAACAAAACAUAAUCUUGGCUGUUUCCCAACUGGUGGGUCCAGGUCCAAAAGUGGGUCGCGGGUCCAUUCUGAGUGGACUGCAAGUGACUCAUGCAAGUAUCAAGUUUAUAUAAAACACACUUUAUUCUGACUUACAGUGAAUUUCAAGCGCAGAGAUUUUAUUUUGAAAUGUUGUUUCCUGCUGUAAAGUGAUUGACUAAUGGACAGCUACUUGACAGAGAGAGCAGAGUAGCUCGCAGACAUGGCCAGACGCCAGUAUGACGCUGAAUAGAUUAAACUGUGUGGACCAUGAACUAAUGACUUCGGAGAAAUCUGGAUCCCGUGGCUGGACCGGUUGGUACCACUGUUUUAAAGGGUUAGUUCAGCUUCAACAAAGUCCGAGCUACUAAGUUUUGCUCACAAAUUCAACAUAACAUGGGCUGUUUAGCUGAUAUACAAAUGGUCAUUUGGGGGGUGAAGUAUCCAUUUAAGAUUAUGCUAUGGAAUGUUUGUCAAAAAAAAAAAAAUUGUUGAUAAUGACUGGUCAUUAUGAAAAAACUUUGCCCGUGGUGCUUUAUUGUUGAAGCAUCCUGAUCAAAUGUAAUUGUGGAUAACUGCAAGAUGUAAAGUGAUGCGACUCGGGGCAUUGUGGAUUUUACAUCACAGAGCAACAAGACAGCUUUUCUUUUGGUAUCACAGCACAGGGUUUAUUACUUUUAUGACAAAUGUCUUUUCUGCGAUUUUCAAACCCACACGGCACCACAUGCCUUAACAGAACUUCCUGUGUUCCUUUUUACAUACAUGUAUCACACUACAGGCAGGGGUUUGAUGGAAAUAAGUGCAUACAUUGAAUGUGCCUUAAAGUACAAAUAAACAUGUAAAUUCAAAUUUA